AUGAGCGCACCCUCAGGCCAACGACUGCUUACUGUGGCGGCGGCCCAGCUCGGCCCCAUCACGAGCCUGGACACGCCUCGCUCAGAGCCCCUCGCGCGAAUGAUCAAGCUGUGCGAAGAUGCCGCGGAAAAGAAUGUCCGGCUUGUCGUCUUCCCGGAGCUCGCUUUCACGACGUUCUUUCCCGGCUAUAUAAUCGAGAAGCAGGAGGAUGUGGACAAGUUCUUCGAGCCGGCUUCGCCAGAGGAUCCGUAUGCGAUUGUCCACUCGCCCAACGGCAAACCUCUGUUUGACAAGGCAGCGGAGCUGGGAAUUGACAUCUACGUUGGCUUUGGCGAGCGCUGGACGGAUGAGCACGGCAAAGUGACGUACUACAACACGGCCCUGUACUAUUCUGCCUCCCAGCGGCGUGCCAUCGCGAAAUACCGAAAAGUACACUUGCCUGGCCGCCAUGAGCCUGAUACCCGCCCCGGCGUCACACAGCAGCUUGAGAAGCGCUUCUUCUCUGUAGGCGAUUUAGGGUUCCAGGCGUUUCGCGCGCCGGAUCUCGUUCAGGGAGCUCUCAAGUCCAAGGAUGCAACCUCCGCAGAUACUGCGCAGGGGAAAGGUGAUCCGAUCGUGGGGAUGCUCCUUUGCAAUGAUCGGCGUUGGGCCGAGGCUUGGAGGUCGUACGGCCUACAAGGCGUUGAGCUCGUGCUAGAGGGCUACAACACUACUGCUUUCGCACCACAAUAUCCAGGCUCGAACGAGUGGCAGAAGCAGGAAGCGCUCUUCCACCAUCACCUGUCCAACCAGUCGGGGAGCUACACGAAUGCAUGCUUCAGCGUGCACGCAGGCAAGGCAGGGAAAGAAGACCACGGUUCUCUAAUUGCGGGGAGCAGCAUUGUCGACCCGAACGGGCAUAUCAUUGCCGAGUCGAAGACCGAGGAUGACGAGCUGGUAUGCGCCACCAUUGAUCUAGCUGAGUGCCGCAAGGGCAAGGAGAGAGUCUUUGCUUUUGACAAGCAUAGAAGGCCAGAGCAUUACGAGACGCUGGUGAGCCAGGUGGGCGUCCAGGAGCCGCCCCUUCUUGAUUGA